AAAGAAACAACGGAAAGCAAACUCUAAGGGUUUUGAAAUUAGAAAAAGUUUUGUUUUAACACGGAUUUUUGACGCGGGACCAACUAUAUAGCGAACUAAGUACACUGUUUUUGUGUGCGGAUAUAUAUUUUUCGACGUCACUUUAUGUAUUUAGAGCUGUCCCAUCUUGCGCGUCGUCCUACUAUGGUCAUGAUGGAGGUCCCGAACAUCGACUGUGCCUCUCUCCGGGCGCUUUUGGAGGGAACUGAGUCCGGUUGUCUUGUUUUGGACUGCCGGUCGUUCUUCUCGUUCAGCUCUUCUCACAUAUCCGGGUCAACUAACGUGCGCUUCAGCGCCAUAGUGCGCCGGAGGGCGCGGGGCGGACUCGGGUUAGAGCACAUUGUUCCGAAUGAGGACACGCGGAGAAGGCUGCUGUCCGGAGAGUACCGGACCGUGGUGCUGCUCGAUGACCGGAGCUUAGAGCUCAGCCAGGUGAAGAAGGACGGGACUCUGAUGCUGGCUGUGACCGCACUGUGUCGUAACAACCUCCGUGGAACGAACGUCUUCUUCCUGAAAGGUGGCUUCGAUACCUUUUCGUCCGAGUUUCCUGAGAUGUGUACCAAAGCGCCCCCUCCACAGGGCCUGAGUUUGCCCCUGAGUGCCAACUGUCCUCCUGGCAGCGCCGACUCAGGCUGUAACAGCUGCACUACUCCUCUCUACGAUCAGGGUGGCCCAGUGGAAAUCCUGCCAUUCCUCUAUCUUGGAAGUGCCUACCAUGCGUCUCGUAAAGACAUGCUGGACAUGUUGGGCAUCACAGCACUCAUAAAUGUUUCUGCCAACUGCCCCAAUCAUUUUGAGGACCAUUAUCAGUACAAGAGUAUUCCAGUUGAAGACAACCACAAAGCAGACAUUAGCUCCUGGUUCAAUGAGGCGAUUGAAUUUAUUGACUCUGUGAGAAACAAAGGCGGCCGUGUCUUCGUGCACUGCCAGGCGGGCAUCUCGCGCUCGGCCACCAUCUGUCUGGCCUACCUCAUGCGUACCAACCGUGUCAAGUUGGACGAGGCUUUCGAGUUCGUCAAGCAGCGGCGCAGUAUCAUCUCACCCAACUUUAGCUUCAUGGGCCAGCUUCUGCAGUUCGAGUCACAGGUGCUCGCCACAUCCACCUGCUCAUCGGAGGCAAGCAGCCCAGCACUCAGCAAGAGUGGCACUGUUUUCAACUUUCCUGUCUCCAUUCCUGUCCAUGCUGGUGCCAGUCCACUGUCCUUCUUGUCUCAUCAUAGUCCCAUCACCCCUUCACCAACCUGCUGAUCAGACUUCCUUGUUCUUCUAAGACUGUUUCUGGAGGGUUUCAGACAUCUAGGUCAUUUUGAAAUGUUUAGUAAUAGGAGGUCCAUAUGAUUCUAUUUGUCUGAAAGAUUAUUAUUAUUAGAUUCAAAACUACAGGCUGGCCUCAGGUCUUGUUGGUUCACAUGAUCACUGCAAUGGUUUUCAUUGCUAGACAGUUAAAAUUGUACUUGUUGCAACAGUAUUUCCAUGCAAUUCUGGAUAGGAGUAGGUGGCUGGUCCAGUCUUGUUCCUCCAGGCUGCCUUUGUUUUGAAAACACUCCUGUUGUCUGAACUGAAGGGGACGGGCAUUCAUCAGAGUGUGAAUGUGUGAUGUUUGUUGGAGCUAACGUGAGGCUCCUGAAUGUCUGUCUGCUGAAGUCACCGCAAUUUGAGCCUUUAAUCAUUGAUAAUCAUUGGCCUUCUGUUUUAUGUAUUGGUACAGGAUAAAACACAUGGUGUUAGAGUUUUCUCAGGAAGAAUCAUCUUUAUUUCUUGACAGCCUUUAUCUUUGUUUAUCAUACACACACAGUCUGAGGUGACUGCAAGUUGCCAGACUCUAAGGUGCUAACCUGAAUGAAUGUCCUCCUCUUUGUUUUUGUUUUUUUUCUCUUUCUUUCCUGAACAAUGAAUGUAUUUAUAAUCUCUGGCUAGACUUUCUCUGCCUUAAGACAAUGAAAGUGAAACAUGUGGCUCAUUCAAGGGCCUCUGUACCUUUCAGACCUUCAUCCAGCCUACCAAGAUGUUUGUUUCCUUGUUAACAAACAUGAAAUACCUCAUAUGUGUGUAAUGUUGGCAGUCCUGUAAGAUCCACAACCAGUACCAAUGGGAGUGACUUUCAGGAGAUUGUAUUGAUAUGUGAUAUUUAUUUACUAAAUUAAUAUAUUUAAUAUGGUAUAUUUUUUACGUCUUUGUGAUAUGCUUUGAUACUGACAAAUAAAAUGUUUUGUUAUACAUGUGAA